UUGAUGGAUUGAUAAAAAAAAAAAAAAAAAAAAACUUACCAUAGAUAAAAACUGAAAUGCCUUGUUGGUUUGUAAGCCCUACAUUCCAAGACUGUAUUGCUUCACUAAGGAUAUGUCAUUGCUCAAUGUGCUGGUAUGUGGUUAGACCAAAGCAGCAAGCUUUGACGUGUUUGUUUAAAAUGUUAACACUUUUUUUGAAAAAAUAACAAAAUAAAGAAAAGAGAAUAAAUAAAAGUUGAGUUAAUGCUGAAAGCCAGACACUGUGCCUAAGUUUAUUGUGAAAGUCGUGUUGAUGUCACACUAUACCACCUGGCAAGAAGGAAAGUAGGUCACACCUGUGAGGUGAAAAUCCUAAUUUUUAAACAAAAGUGAUUACUGUGAUGAAUAUGACUAGAUGAGCAGAAGAAAAUAAAUGUCUACUGCUAAUAAUAGAACUAUUAAAUAGCUUUCAUCAUGUAUAAUCCAGUCAGCAAGUACGUGCUCAUUCACAAGAUUAUCAGAUAAAAGGGAUCGACUCAAGUUUUGUUUACAGUCUCCUUGGCAACAAAGUCAAUCUGUGCUCACAGGGCUUAUUCCUUUUAGUCAUGCUUUGAAGAGAGGAAGUCGUGAUGAAGCAUCAGCUGUCACUAAGCACUAAUUAUGAUGAAUUAUUUCCAAACUUGGCCACACGGUUAGUGUAGUGGUUAGUGCUCUUGCCUUCGCAGCAAGAAGACCCAGGUUUGAGCUCAUAAAGUUUACAUGUUUUUUUUUCGUGUGUGUGUGGGUUUUCUCCUCAUGCAAUAUGGGGAUUAGGUAAAUUGGUCACUCUAAAUUGACCGUACGAGUGAGAGGGUCCCCCUCCUGUGGAGAAUAAAGUGGUAGAAAAUGGAUGGAUGGAUUUCCAAACUCUAAGCAGCAGCAAGGGUAUUGCAGUUGGGCUUCAAGAGGUCAUUAAAAAUGUAUAAUAAAUAGUGUAUCAGUCAUCAGAGAUUAAGAAACUGAUGGUGUAACCAGUUUUACUUUGUUGUGCCGCCAGCACUUCAACACCCGGGUUACUCAAUCACAGCGACUAUGUGUCAUAAAUACUGAAUGUUACCAAAUGUAAAAGUCUCAUUACAACUCGACCAGAGAGAAAGAAAGUCAAGGGUCUGCAGUGGAGAUACAUUCAGAUAUAGAUGUUUGAAAGCAGAGAGGAAGAAGAAGACAGAUGCGUGUAGAUCAUGCUCAUGGAAGCAAAACAGUUUAGUUCAGUCAAGGUUAGCCAUUGCUCUCUGUCUCCCCCUGCUGUUUGUGGAUAUUUAACAAUUGUUGAAUUGUUGAAACUCGACAGAGCAGGUACCAAAGAAAGCACCAGGUACCAGGUACUAUCACUUACGGAAAAGCAAAAAAGAAAAACGAGUAGAGUCACUUUGAGCCGAGAAGUGCUAGAAAAGCAUAAUGGAAAAGUGCCAAUAUUUUACAUAUUUCCCCUUUAUAGUGUUGGCAGGGUCACAGCCUUCCUAAGUUAAAAAAAAAACACAGCGUGAAGAGGCUUGCGAACGCUGGAGUUCAGAUCAGUUCUGAUAAAGAGUUAUCACACUUUGUCUUUUUUUUUUUCUUUUAGAGCCCUGAUGUCAAACACGACCAAAGGAGUGCUCCUCUGCCCCAUACUGCAGGACAUGCAAGGGCACCGCCUCAACAAUAACAAACAGGCUAAUUUGGUUGUGGUUGUCGUCCACGGUCUGGUUUCCUGCCUGGGGAUUUUGGAAAAUGCCCUUAUCCUCUGGGUGGUUGGCUUCCGCCUACAGCGUCGCACCGUAUCCUCUGUUUGGGUGCUCAACCUGGCCAUGUCUGACUUCUUAGCCACGCUGACACUCCCCUUCUUCACGUCUUACCUUUACCACUCCCACAGCUGGGAGCUUGGCAACCCCCUCUGCAAGACCCAGGCUUCUAUCUUCUUCAUGAACAUGUUUGUGUCGGCCUUCCUGCUCGCAGCCAUUUCACUCGACCGCCUGCUUCUGGUGGUGAAGCCGGUGUGGAGUCAGAAUCACCGGUCAGUGGCAGGAGCAUGGAAGGUGUGUGCUCUGGGUUGGCUGUGGGCUGCGAUUAAUACGAUACCUUACACCGUGUUCCGCUCCGUCACGAAGAAACAAGAUGAGCGAAAUUUGUGUUAUCACAACUUUGCUCUAAUUCUAUCGUCUCAGACGUCACUGGAGCGAGACUGUGAGGUCAGACAAGCAGCAACAGCCAUCUCCAAGUUGCUGUUUGCAUUCCUUUUUCCCUUGGUAGUGAUUGCAGGGAGUUACAUCCAAAUAGGUCUCUUCCUUAAGAACAGAAGCCAGAGGAGGAAGCAGAGUGAUGCUCUGAUCACACCAAACAAAGACAGAACAGCAAGAACUACAAAAACGCCUGCUAAUAUCUUCCUCAAGUCCUCCAGUCCUUCUCAAACCAUGACACCAACUGUCAUGUCACUUGCAACAACCUCUAAUCAUACCAGGCAAGGCAUGUUCUCCCAGAGCUUUAUCAGAAUGGUGACAUUUGUGAUCACAGCGUUUGCAUUAUGCUGGGCUCCCUAUCACAUCUUCUGCGCGAUCGAAGUGGCAGCUCAUUACCAGCUAAACAUGCUCGAGUUAGUGGAGGUGGGGCUCCCCCUAGCUACAACCAUUGCGUUCCUGAAUCCCGUGUUGAACCCCGUCCUGUAUGCCUUCAGCUGCCCACACUUCUGUGUGAGAAUACGACAGAGUCUGGGAGCAGUGUUUGAUGGACUGGUAGAAGAAGAGGUGGAGUUCCUAACGGCGCCAGGGAAAGGUUUAAGAGCGCAUAUCCAAUGGAAAAGUAGUCGAGAUGUGAACUCCCCAACAAAGUCACCCCGUAAAUCACAUGUUAUCCAACAACACUUCCCCCUGCGUUUGGACAGUGAAGGCACUGAAGACUGUCGCAUGCAGAAUACAGAACAAGACUCGAGAAUUGAGGUGGAGCAGAGCUGAGACGCUGCAGACGUAGAGUUCAUAAUGCAUCUUAUAUCAUGUCAUGGCGUGGCUCUAUAGGGAUCACGGCGAUUGGGUUGGUCCGCCACUCUGGUCCAGACAAAAAUAUCCACAUAACUACAGGACAGACUGACAUUAAGUUGUGUAACGGCAUCUGUGUUGCUGAGAGGAUGAAUCCUACAGACUGUGGUGACACUAGUUGGAGGAACCUUUAUACAAAAGAGGUUAAAUAAAUUUACUUCCAAGAUGGCUACAGAUGCUGCCCUAAAUUAUGCUUGAUAGUGAGUGAUUAUUAUAUAAUAAUACAUUUAUUCUGUGUAGGUUUAAAGGGCGAGUGCAUAACAUGUAGAAGUGUUUUGAAUACCGUUAUUGUCACUGUAGGGUCAUACAUCAUUACGGUGUAAAGUUAAAAUUUGAGAGUAAAUAUAAAUAUAUGACUGAAUAUCUUAAGUAUGUUUAUAUGAAUGUAUAAUUGCUUUAAAGUAAAAAAAUAAUUAUUAUUCUUUGGUUGGCAAGGCUCCUGCUUUACAGAGGCUACCAACAUAAUGGCUCCAUCCACAUAAACUUGAAGCAUAAACCUAUAAAGAAGGAAACAGCAAUAUGUGAGAAAGUGUAUAAAUCCUUUCUGGUAUGUGAAGGCCACCAUAGUUUCCUUAAAGCUUGGAAGAAGUGACCUUUAACAUUUUAGGUCCCUGAACUGUUUUUAAAUGAAUUCAUAAUUAAUGUAAAUCCUAUAGCAACAAUUUUGACAGGGGAGUACAAGUUCACAGGGCACAUGCUGAAGAUUUGGUGUUCAUGCCAUGCAAAUCCCGGCCACCAGAGAGCAGUGUGGCUCUAACUGCAUCAUUAUUAGACAUGACAUUGUAUGGUAGGAUUAUGCUUUUCAGGUCCUGUAAUCCAGGAGCUCUUUAAAUCUGAACAGCUGAGUGUCUGACCACCUUUCCGAGUGAUUGGAUUUGAUCACAUCUCAUACCCAUUUUGAUUGACUGCCUCAUUGUGAUUGCCACAACUGUCUGGUUCCAGCUCUUUUCCUGACACACACACA